AUGAAGCCUGAGUACGAUUUUCUAUUCAAGCUGCUCCUCAUCGGAGACUCUGGUGUUGGGAAGUCUUGUCUUCUUCUCCGUUUCGCCGAUGACACGUACACCGAGAGCUACAUCAGUACCAUCGGUGUGGACUUUAAAAUUCGCACCAUCGAUUUAGAUGGCAAGACAGUGAAGCUCCAGAUAUGGGAUACUGCUGGGCAAGAGCGUUUCCGCACCAUUACAUCAUCGUACUACCGGGGGGCCCAUGGCAUCGUCGUGGUGUACGACGUCACGGACAGAGAGUCGUUUGCAAACGUCAAGAAUUGGAUGCUGGAGAUUGAGAGAUACGCAAUGGAGGGCGUGAGUAAACUAUUGGUAGGCAACAAAUCGGAUCUCACGGCUAAGAAGGUCGUCAGCUACGAGGAGGGCAAGGAGCUCGCUGACUCGUGCAACAUCCGAUUCAUUGAGACGUCUGCUAAAUCCGCCCAAAAUGUUGAAGAGGCCUUCCACAUCAUGGCGUCGGAGAUCAAAGCCCGCGUUCAGGUGGGGCAGCAACAGAGCAGGCAGCAGCAGAACGUUCGCAUUGGUCCCUCUCAGCCUGUUCGCAGCAAUGCGGGCUGCUGUGGGCGCAGUUGA